GGUUCUUCGAUUUUCGCCAUGGGCGUUCUGCCACCUCCACUUGCAAUUAUCCUGGUGCUGUACAACUGUCAUGUGGAUGCAACAGAGCAUGGAAGGCGGCGGCCACCACCAAGGUGGCGGGUAUGGGAACUACGGCGUCGGUGGUGGCUCCCAAGGCCGCACUGGGACGUCAAAUGAUGACGAUUGGAAGAGUCGCAUCGUCAGCAAUGGCCAAUGGCUCGGCGAAAAGGUGAUGGCAUUGGCAUCGCGGUCGCACAACACGAUCCCCGACAACCAGCGCGCGAUGAACGAUGGGCGCGCGAAUUGGAUGGCUGAAAUCCGCAACAACGCGCGGCCUGCGAACAACUCGUCGAAUUUCUCGAAUGGGUCGUCGGGGUACAAUGCCGGCGGGUACCAGAACGACUUUGCCACAGAACGCCCGGGGCAGUACAGCGACACGUCGUAUCGUCCGACGUCAACGUACUCGGACAACCCGACCUCCUCGUCUGGUCAGACAUCCGCGUACACUUCGAAGCAACAGUCUGGCAAGUCGAAGGCAUCAAGCAACAACAAGAAGUACAAGUCCAAAUCAUCUCGACGUGCCGCCACGUCAUCCUCUGAAGAGGAUGAAAGCGAAGAAGAGUCGUCCGAGGACAGCGAUGUCAAGAAGAAGUCAACCAAAGUGCGCUCGAAAGUGACCAAGAAGCCCGAAAUCGUGGUCUCGUCCAACGACGACAGCGACGACAGCGACCACGCGGCCAAGUCGAAACGAUCGACGAAAAAGGGAAGCAAGGGGUCGUCUUCUAAAAAGAAAGCCCAUCUCAGUGACAGCGACAUCUCGACGGAAUCGGCACCCGAGGACAAGAAGGCCAAGAAGAAGCCAGCCAAAGCACCGAAGAAAGCGUACGCGUAUGCACUGGACGCGUCCAAGCUGGCCGCCGUGGCCGCUCCGUCGACCGACCAAGAUGCCAAGAAGGGCAAGAAGAAGGCUGGCAAGAAGGACAAGACCGGGGCAGCGGCUCCCGCGCUGGUGGACUUGCUCGGCGUGGAAUCUCUCCCUCCGGCACCACCAAAUGCGGCUGCGGUGUUUGAAACGCCAUUGUCGACCAUCGAUCAAUUGGCCGGGCUGUCGUUUGACCCGUUGGAUGGGGCGUCCCAAGCGCCGGCAUACCCACAGGACCAGUUUAGUGCCCCGCCCCAACAACCAUUUCAGCAACCUUCGCAGCAAUUCCUAGGAAACCAGCAGCAAUUCCAAGGACACCAGCACCAGUAUCAGCCGCAGCAGCACCAGACCUUUCACCCGCAGCAGCACCAGCAAUUUGCCGCCCAGCAACCGUUCCAACCAGCUGGGUUUGUCGUCCCCGGCAGCAACUUGGUGGACUUGCGCUUGUCGUCGGAAGUGUCGGCGGCUGCGAAAGCCAACGCGGCACCCACCGACACGCGAUCCCUGGACCAACUCAAAGCGAGCUCUGGUCCCGUCCAAGUUCAACCUCCUCCUCAGAUGAUGAUGCAUCAUUCUCAUGCCCCGUAUCAGCAACCACUGGGCCAUCACCCGUCGUUCGUACAUCAGCCCAUGCUCCAUCAAGCGAGUCCUCCCGCCAUGAUGGCGCCCGCGAUCGCAUUUGGCGGCGUGCAAUACCAACAACCCCAACCCCUGCAUCACCCCCGACGUGCGGCCCCCGGCCUGGCGACGCCUGGAUUCUUGUAAUCCGUUUUUUAUUGUAACUACCACGAUAUUCCUACGUCAUGGUGUGUUAACCUACAACUGGCUCGUACAAUAUACAUCGGAAUCGCAGUAGACAUAUCGCAUAUCCGGG